AUGCCGCCGCCCCCUCUGUCAGCAUCGCAGGUUUCACUGCCUCUGCCUCCAUGGCUACAGGUGCACAGUACUCGCGUCACCACAUAUGACAACCGAAAACGCAAGAAGCCGAACGAGUUCACCGAUACCGAGCAGGAUGCAGGCGAAUCCACAGAUACCAGCUAUGUCACUUACGAUGUUCCUGCCGACGACACUCCUUUAACCCUCACACCGAACGAAGCCCACCAAUAUCGAAUCGCUGGUCUCGCGCCGGAUCAACCGCUACCUAGAGGCAAAAAUUUCCCUCAUAAACCUCCGAUAGAAAGACAACGCAGCAAAAAGAAACUUCCUGUGCCCCUUGUGAAGGACCUGGCCACCCUGAAAGAUCCACUUUAUCUUCCUCAAGCCGCGGCAUACCAUGCUGAUGAUCUACAUCUAAAACACCUCUCCCUUCUAACUACAAUGAUGCAUCAGUGUUUGCUGAAUGGUGAUUUUACUCGGGCGGGACGUGCGUGGGGUCUUCUACUUCGAGAGGAAUUUAGAUGGUUCCCGCUGGAUAUGCGUUAUAGUGGGCGAUGGGGUAUUGGGGCCGAAGUUUUAAUGCGAGGAGGGGUAGAGCAGAACUCUACCAGGGAAGGAAAUACACCUUUGCCUUUUUCCAAACAAGGCUUCGAGAAAGCAAAGGAAUAUUACGAAAGACUCAUUCUGCGACAUCCCUAUUCAAAGUCAGCUCCACGCUCUAUAUCGGCUUGGCACUUUUAUCCUGCCAUGUUUGGACUGUGGAUUUAUGUGGCCCAGGAGGAAAGCAAAGUGGGAAGAAAGAAUAUCAUCCGAAAUUAUGAAGGCUCUGAUCGGGGGUCAGAUGAGGAGGAUUCUGAGUUUGAACAACGAGAAUCAAACCAUAAACGAACUCUCAUUGCAACGAUUCGAGGCCGAGAGCUGCAACAAGCGCAGCAGAUUGCGAUUCGCAUGGACACGCUUCUCGCAUCACCUCCAUAUUCAGAUUCUGCGGACUUGCUGGAGAUGCGAGGCAUGAUAUCUCUAUGGAUUGGUGAUCUUCUCAUGUCCUCACUAGAGCCACGCACAAUGCCGACUUCGUCUGACCCAGAUGAAAUUCUCUCGCAGUAUGUGGCUGCUUCUCAUGAAAAAGAACGGGCACGCAAAUUGGCGGCUGAGAGGAGACUGGUGGAAAUCAACAAGUCGAAGGACUUCUUCGCUAAGGCCAAGGAACGGGACCGUGGAGUUGCGUUUAAUCUGGAUAAUUUCCAUUUCGAUGAGGAUUUGUCGUGGGGAGAGGACCCGAUGGACGAAGGAUCCGAUUGA